AUGGCUGCAGGAUUGCUGACAACUUGGUCACGGGAUUCAGUGACCUUUGAGGAGGUGGCGGUGGACUUCUCCCAGGAGGAGUGGGCACUGCUGGACCCUGCUCAGAAAAUCCUGUACAGAGAUGUGAUGCUGGAGAACUACAGGAACCUGGCCUCCGUGGGGUAUCCUUUCUGCAAACACAGUCUGAUCAUGGAGGUGGAGCAGGAAGUGCUGGGGACAGAGGAGGGGGCAGUUCUCCAAGGUGCUUAUACAGACUGGGAUAUUCAACUGAAAUCAAAAGAUGGAAUUCCUAUGCAGAAUGUUCCUGGGGAAAAAACUUGCAAUGGCAUAAAAACGGCACCAACUCAACCCGGCAAGAAACCCUUGGAAUUUGAUCAUUGUGGAAAAUUCUUUAGAAAGAACUAUCAUUUUACACAUACAAGAUAUUGUGAGGGAGAGAAAUGCUACAAAUAUAAAGAAUAUGGGAAACACCUUGGCCACACCUCAACUCUUAGCAGUCAUGUAAGUACUCACAGUGGAGAGAAAACUCAUGAGUUUAAUGAUUGUGGCAAAACUUUCAAUGAAGAGGCAUCCCUUAGGAAACACUUAAGGACUCUCAAAGGAGAGAAAUCUCAUGCGUGUAAUCAAUGUCUUAUGUCCUUCAGCUUACACCCUUCCUUUUCAGUACAUGUGCAAAUACCUACUGGAGAGGAACUCUGUGAAUGCUGUGAUCAUGGAGAAAGAGCCUCCCUUGGUGUCCACAAAACAACAUGUACCAUGGAGGAAAGCUCAGAAUGUAAGGAGCACGGGAAAGCGUUCCCCAGCUCCUUGUCCCUUCAGAAAUGUACGAGACCUCAUGCUGGAGAGAAGCCUUAUGAAUGUAGUGACUGUGGGAAAGCCUUCAUUUUUCAGUCUUCCCUUAAAAAGCAUGUGAGAUCUCACACUGGAGAGAAACCUUAUGAGUGUAAUCACUGCGGAAAAUCCUUCAGCCAGAGCUCUCAUCUUAAUGUGCACAAAAGGACUCACACUGGAGAGAAACCCUACGACUGUAAGGAAUGUGGCAAGGCUUUCACUGUUCCUUCAUCCCUUCAGAAGCAUAUGAGAACCCACACUGGAGAGAAGCCCUAUGAAUGCAGUGACUGUGGGAAAGCCUUCAUCGAUCAGUCAUCCCUGAAGAAACACACACGGUCUCACACUGGAGAGAAACCUUACGAGUGUAGUCAGUGUGGAAAAUCCUUCAGCACAGGCUCUUACCUCAUUGUGCACAAGAGAACUCAUACUGGAGAGAAAACCUAUGAGUGUAAAGAAUGUGGGAAGGCCUUUAGGAAUUCCUCGUGCCUCAGGGUACACGUGAGAACUCACACAGGAGAGAAGCCCUAUCAAUGCGUUCAGUGUGGAAAGGCAUUCAGCACCAGCACUAACCUUAUAAUGCACAAGCGAAUACAUACAGGGCAGAAGUAUGAGUGA